GCUGCACACUGUAUGCACAAUGUCUACGUCGCUUUGGAUCAAAUGAAAUGAAUACAAGUAAAUGUGGUUAGGUACAACUUUUACUUGCAAUGUUGCAGCACACUCGAAAGAUUGAUCGACGUUGGAGCCCGGUUAUACGCGCAUCUGCCUGGUGCAACUAGUGCGGCUUUUACCGAUUUAGGCUAUCCCUCGUACAAGCCCAGUCCUUCUAUCGACCAUGGCCGCAGAGGCAGACGGUGAUGCAACUACAGGACCCGAGUGCACAGAGAUGCAAGAGCGGCUGGCAGAAGUAGGAAUGAAGGCUGACCUUGAGGCCCCUCCUUUACCAGGAAUCGAUGGUUCAGCGAUCAUAUGUAGGGAGGUGUGCCGGUCGUAUGGCAAACUGAAGGUGCUCAGCAACCUCAACUUGACCGUGCCACAGGGACACAUCUAUGGCCUACUGGGUCCAAGUGGAUGUGGCAAAACCACACUGUUGAAAUGCAUUGUGGGAACUCUGAAGAUUUCACGAGGUCACAUCAGUGUGUUAGGGAAACCACCUUCGUUCCCUGGUCAUGAAGUGCCUGGAAGGAUGGUGGGCUAUAUGCCACAGGACCUGGCGUUAUAUAAUGAGUUCACCAUCAGCGAUACACUAACCUUUUUUGGACGAAUCCAUGGGUUGUCAUCGAAGGACACUCAGGCACGUGUGAAUUUCCUUGUUGACUUCUUGGAUCUACCUCAGAAAAAUAGACUGGUCCGAAAUCUCAGUGGUGGGCAGAAGAGGAGGGUAUCUUUGGGAGCAGCCUUGCUUCAGAACCCACAGUUGCUGAUUUUAGAUGAGCCUACAGUUGGAGUGGACCCAGUACUCAGAGCGAGAAUCUGGCAGCAUCUGGUUGAAAUAGUGAAGACGGGCCGUGUAUCUGUUAUCAUCACUACUCACUACAUUGAGGAGGCCAGGCAAGCCAAUAUGGUCGGUCUAAUGAGAAACGGCCAUCUCUUGGCCGAGGGGCCUCCUGAUGCAGUGAUGAAGCAACACAGUGCUGUGACACUAGAGAAUGCUUUCCUGCAACUCUGCGAGACAUCUGACCAAGUGGUGGCCAAACACGGAGUGAGUCCGCAGGGCGAGCUUUUAGAGAAUAGCCAAUCAUUUGAAAGCAGCCGGGAAGAGAACAGGCCCAUUCUGGGGACUGGACUAGAGGAGCUGCCCAAAUACUCAGCCGACUGGAAAGUCAGAGCGAGACAUCUGGUGCCAAAGUGGCGGAACAUUGCAGCCCUGAUGAUCAAGACCUUGGUUAGAAUGAAGAGAAUGCCAGGAUCCUUGUGUUUCCAGUUCCUGUUGCCAGUGAUCCAGAUCUCUCUCAUGUGUCUGUGUAUCGGAGCAGACCCAAAGGGAAUCCAGGUGGCCGUGGUCAACAAUGAAACCGCCCCGAACUCCUUCAGCCAAUCAUUACUCUCCUUUAUUGACAACUCCAGUGUGGAGCAGGUGAACUUAUCUCACGCAGAAGCUUUCGCAGGUGUCUAUAAUGGAGAGUACUGGGGCGUCAUAGGGUUCGGCAAGAACUUUACCUCCUAUCUGACCAAAAGGAUGAUACAGCGUCAAGUUUCUCGUGAAGUGGUAGAUGGUGGAUCAGUACACGUAUGGCUGGACCUAACAAAUCAACAAAUUGCCACUAUGCUCCAGAAAAAACUUGCAGAUGCCUUUGAUGCCUUUGUCCAGUAUAAGAUGGGCCGCACAUCCUACCUUGUUUCGCUACCUGUAAAGUUUGAGGAGCCUAUUUACGGCAGCCUAAACACAGACUUCACCACGUUUGUUACUCCGGGAGCAGUACUAAGCAUCACCUUUUACCUGGCCGUGGGCUUGACCGCCCUCUCGUUUGUGCUUGAGAGGAAGGAGGGUCUUUUGGACAGGUGCUGGGUCGCAGGUGUCAGUUCUCUGGAGACCAUGUUGGCUCACCUCUUUUCUCAGUUGUUUGUCAUCAGUGUCCAGAUCAUUCUACUACUUCUCUUCAUCCUGCUUGUCUUCAAGAUUCCUAACGAGGGUUCUCUGGUGUUGGUCAUAGCUCUGAUCGUCCUGCAGGGUGUGACGGGCAUCUCUUUUGGCCUGGUCAUCUCCGCAGCCAUAGACGAUGAGCAGAAUGCCAACCAGGCCGCCCUGGGCAUCUUCUACCCCAACCUCAUCAUCAGUGGGAUCAUCUGGCCAGUGGAGUGUAUCCCCUAUCCACUACGCUACAUUAGCCUGGCUCUUCCCCAGACAUAUGCCUCAGAGGCUCUCCGCUGUAUCAUGUAUAGAGGCUGGGGCCUCACUCAGAUGAUGGUGUGGAGAGGUUUCGCUGUCACCUUGGGCUGGAACACCUUCUUCCUAAUAUUGGCCACCGUCAUCCUCAAGCUGAGGACGUGAGACCCCGACCCGGGAAAGAGAUGAGAAGAGGACUGCCAGACGAGUAUGGAAAAGGCUCCGUGAACAGGCUUCUGCCUCCUGUCUUUGGAUGGGUGUGGUCACUGUGGUUAAAUACACUGUGUACCAUAGUCCCUAUUGCAAGCACACAUGCACAAUCAUGGCCAUGCACAAUUACAUACACACACACAUGCUCAAUCACACACUUACACAAUCAUACACACAUACAAACAUGCACACUCACUCAAACACACAUCUAAGCUCUCACAAACAAUCCCAAUUCCAAGCCUAUGAACAUACCAGUGUGUGUGUAUGGGCCUGUUCUGUUGAGGAAAACUUAAAAAAACGUUGCAGAUAAAAACAGACCACUUAGAAAAAACCACUGCUCUCGUUUCAGGAUAAGACUGGUGUGUGUUCUAUGGUGUUACAUUUCUAUAUGCAACCCAUGUACAUUUUCACCUCCUGAGAUGAACCAUGGACCUCAGGGUUUGUCUUUAUUUCUGCACAAAUUUGUAUUUUGAACAUAAUUACUAAAUGCAUAUGAGACAGACUAUGGAUUCAGUUCCUGCAUAUCUUUUGAAGAAAUGACAACUGUUGGAAUUGAUCAGUGUUCUUUAUGUUUCACACAAUAUUUACACAAAUAAUAUAUUUUGUAAAAUUGAGCUAUUUAUUUGGGAAUCGUUGUCGAAAUAAUUUUUUGGGUCUCAGUAGAUCAAUCAAAUACAAGUAUUUGGCAAAAAAGUGGUGAAAUGACAAGAAUUCCUAUUGCUCUGAUGUUUCCUGUGGCCUGCUCGCUAUCUGUUUAAUAGGAAGUGAUAACCCUGUCUCAGUUGUCACUAGGUGCUCUCUUCUGCUCGCUAUGUAGCUGUGGCUUUGGGUUGGUGGCUGUUCAUAAAUGGUAGUUUGUGCCCGUGCCUGCAUCCUCUAGGAAAUGGAACAAAGGGAUGUUUGAUUUAUCUGACUGCGAGGCCUUUAAAUGUUUUAGGUGUGAUUAGCUCUAAUUAAUUGUGUUACCUGAAAAGAAAAUUCCGCUUUUUGAUUGCUUUUGUCAUCCCAUCGCCCUGCUGUGCCGGACAGAGUGGGGGCUGAUGGGUAGAUAAUUUGGACAGGAUAUGUCAGUGGACAUUUCAUAAAAGCAGUCUCCGUUUUCAGUGUUGUGUUCACUCUUCAAAAUUGAUCACCUGGUGUGAUCCAAUGGGAGCAUGUACUGAGUUGAAGUGAUUGACCGAUGUGUAAUGUGACGUGCUAUUAGUACAUCACCCAUUUUUAUCUUUUGUGUUGUGCCAUCAAAAUAUGUUAUGGAAUGAGAAAUGUUUACAUGCAUCAAACAAUUGUCGUGUUGAAAUGCAGAAUCUAAAUAUACCAGCUGAUGUAUUAUUGAGCAAAUUAAAGUGAUAGUAGGGAAAAGCAUUUAUCGUAGACUCUAGAUACUAAUUUAGUGUAUACAACAAAUACUGUAUAGUUAAGAAGACCAUUUGGUCUAAGUUAGUAUGAAAGGCUGCAUGGAUGUGAAUUGUAUACCUGUACCAAACUUCGCAUUACACACACAAAUUUUGCUUAGCGUUUUUUUUUUUUUUUUUUUACAAAUACUGAGGGAUCCAUAGAUAUCUACAUGAACAUCAGUCAUUAGCAACUAUUUUUGACUAAAUUUAACAAUUUACUGGCGGUUGUCUCACUGGCCAAGUUAACCUUAAAUAUUCCAUCUAACUCUAUCAUCGUGAAUUUGUUUUGAACUGCAAUUGUGUCGAUGCCAAAAUGGGGCCCAAACUAUCUAGUUUUCCGUUGUGCUCCUAAAUACCAUCAGAUUUACAAAAUACUCUACACAUUUAGACCACAUUAUCAAUGGACUUAGUUAGAAUGGACUAAGUUUACUUUUGUGCCUCAGAAUCCAUGAAAACAUGGCAACAGGUCCUUAAUGACAAAAAAUAAUAUAAAUAGACUGACAUUGCUGUCAUAGUUUUACACUAUAACAUCUUGAGAUGGUGUCCUACUGGCACUCAUUUGAGAGAAACUUCAUGACAAUUGCCACUUCAAAAGGUAAUGUACUCUGUCAACUGGCUUAUUUGAAGCUACACUAGGUAAUAUAAUAAAUUAAAAUUAUGAUAAACGGUGCCCCCAAUUUUGUUCUGAACUUUGUGCUUUCCUCCUGCUCGAGUUUGAUUGUCAGUGGUUUCAUAAUGUAAGCCAAGGAGGAAAGCUGGCUCACUGAAGGCGAUAGACUGGACCAGUGAUGCUGGAACAUAAUUGGCUGGAAAGCAGCAGGCAAAAAUGUGACUGACUUGUUUACGUUGGUAAACAACUCUCAGAAGGCCUCAUUAGCUUAAACAACAUGGUUAUAGGGGACAAAAUUAGCUUUUUUUACUGAAAGAAUAUUACCUAUUGUACCUUUUAAAUUAUAAUUUGUGUUGUGACAUUUAUAAACAUUAUGGAUUUAGUUUCCCGUUGUAAUGACACUGUUAUGAAGACCUUAUGAAGAAAAUGUUCAUGAUGUGUUACCAUGAUGUAUUAUACCAGCUCAAAUGAUGAAUCAAUUUCAAGUCUACUACCUCAUUCAUACUCCCAUUAUGGCCUCCAUCUAUACAAGUUUGCAAUGUAUGUGUUGUGAUUGCAUACAUACUUUGACUAAGUAAUCCUGUCCUUGGAAACAGUAAAACUAGAUGUGUUGGCCAUGGUCUAUUUCUGGUCAUUUGACAUUGCUGCACGAUGGUCUAGGUACGUGUUUGGCAACCUUGUGAAUUUGAAAUGAAAGAAUUAUUGAAUACACAGCAGCAACAUCUAGCAGUGAAGAAAUUAAAGUAUGUUCGUAAAAAUUCUGAAAAAGGCAAUACAUUAUUGUCUGUGUGGCUUGUAAGUGUGGGAGAGUACACUUGAUUUUGUUUUGGUGAUUUCUGAAGUUGGAAUGAUCUUGAGAAUGUAAAGAUAACUGAACUGCUGUGGACUACAUACUCAGAAGAUUUUUCAAUGAUUAAAUAAAAUAUAAAUGACUAAAAAAGUAAGUAAGUAAGUG